AUGGAGAUCUCCCAAAACAAUGUACAUCAAACGACACCAAGUUUGAAAUUAAUCAAUACUUCGAGUGGAGUACGAGUGUCUCAAGCUUGUGAUCGAUGUCGAAUUAAAAAAAUCAAAUGCGAUGGACUAUAUCCUUGUCACAACUGUAAAAAGGCAAAUUUUGAUUGUAAAACUUCGGAUAAACUAACCAGAAGAGCGUUCCCCAAAGGUUAUACCGAAAACCUUGAAAAAAAAGUCAAGGCUUUGGAGGAGGAAGUUCGUCUUCUACGAGAAAAUCAACAACCUGGUGACCAAGGCCUUGCAGUGACGAAGGAUGGUACUGAGACCCCACAAAAGCCAACAGCAGCACUAGCAACUGCGUCAGCUUCUGUGGCUAUCCCCACGACUACGACCACAAAUGAUAAGGUCUUAUUUCAAACUACAAAUCAAUCCGUGCAAAUCAACAACCCCAUUGACCAAAUUUUCAAUCUUGAUGACCGAGGAAUCAUUAUUGGUAACGAUAAUCUCAAUUUUGAGUCACAAUUCAACCACUUGUUGAUCAACUUACAAAUGCCGUUCUUGAAGAUAACUAAUAGCCACAAUUAUCUUUUAAAUGAUCCCAAUAGCUACUUGUACGACCCUUCGCAAGCAAGAAGUAAUCAGUUUCACAACAAGGAUUUGGACUUGGUUUUCAAUCCCUUAACUGGAGCUAAUCCAAGUGCUCCUGAUACUCCCGGUGUAAAUGAGUUACCCCAUGAUGUCUAUGAUUUGUUCAUAAAGUUGAUCAACAAUUUUAAAAAAGUUUUCAAGUCCAAAAAGGAAUUAGAUGCACAAGUUACCCAAUUCUUUCUAAACUACAACAUCUUCAUCCCCAUUUUUGAUUAUCAUGAGUUUAUACAAAAUUAUGACGCAUUUCACACAAUGUAUCCAUUCAUUUUCACCUACGACGAUUCUACCAUCAAUGGGUUCAAUUUGUCCAAUACAAGUGAUUAUCAAAUUGUCAAUAGAUUUCUCAUGACAAUCAUUCAAACUUACGCCAUGAUUUUCAUCAAUAACCCUACCAUCAAUCUAAACUUGUUAUUAAACCACUCGGAUCCUCACUAUUCAAUAAACAGAGACAAGUCAAUAUUGAACUCACUAUACGAUAUAUUACCAUAUUUCAAUGGCUUUCAAAUAUCCAUAAGUCAGCUUCAAACUUAUUUACUUUUACUUUACUAUUCACUUUUGACUAACAACAAAGAAAAAUCACUAAUCUUAUCGUCACUUGUCAAUGCGUUCAUUGGUAUACUAGGAAUCAAUUUGAACUCGAAAAAUUUAUUCUUUAACGACUUGUCAUUAAAUGUACAUCAACGACGCAAUAGAGUUAAAAUCUUUUGGACUUUUAAAGUAUUGUUGAAAUGCUUCAACUUGAAGUUUGGAUUCAAACCAAGUCUCAACACUACAGUGAUCAACCCAGUUACGAUUGAUCGAUACUUUCAACUAACUCCAGAGAAAUUGUCAUCGUUACUUGACGAUAACGAUGAUCUUUUCAAUACAUUGUUGAAACCAAGCAUUGAGUUCUUAAAUCUUAUGAAUAUCAUUAUCCCAUCUUCAUUUUCACCCAAUUACUAUCAGUACUUGAAACUCGACAAAAAAAAGAAGGAAAAAGACCACCCGGCCCACUCCCACAACCAUCAUCGCUUGGAUUGGAUCUUGAAUGAAGAUGAUGGUGAUGGUAAUGAUGGUAAUUUAAACUACAAUUUCAACCAGUUUUUAACAAUUGAUAAAAACUUGUCUGAUUGGAGACAGUCCUUAAAGCACAAGGUCUUUUCAUUAACACCACUCAAUUUGGAUUUGGGAUUACCCAAUUUGGUAAACGUUUCCCACAACAAUUUAUAUCACGACAUGACACAAGAACAUUUGAAGCAAGAGGUGAUGUUAAACUACUAUCAAACUGGACUACCUGAUACUUAUACCGCUUCGCAAUUGAUCAAAAUCCAACUCAAUUUCCACUAUGUCCUCAUUAGAUCCAUGAAUUACUUGAAUUUCAUUGUUGAUAAAGAGUUGGAUUUUGUGUAUUACAAGGAAAUUGCCGUGAUUGCGCUGGAAGUGUUGCAAUAUUUCAACUUGAUAUUUUAUCAUAUUAGUUUAUCCCAUGAAAAACGAAAUGAAGACCCCGUCAUCAACUCCAAUGCAAUUGUGAUGCAAAGUCUUGGGUUGGAUGUGGAUGAAGAUGGGUUUGUGAUCAAUGAUUUUUCAGUAAAACGAAGACGAUCAAACGCUAAACCAAGCUCAGCAAAACGCGUCAUUAAGGAGAUCCCCAUGUCACCUUUCAACCCCAUGUUGAAUGGAUUGUCAUUGACGGUAAUAAAUUUGAAAAAAUGCAUUGUUUUACAAAUGUUGUACUUGUUGAUUUGUCAAAUGAAGUGCUUGAAACGACAAGAAUUGAUAGCCAACAUCACUGAGUCGGUUCAUCUUCUUCAUCACUCAGUUGAUUUGUUCAUUACUAUUUUCCUAAAUUACAAACCGGGUGUUAAUUCCAAAAGAACCAAUGAAGAUGUCUUGUUUGACAAGUUGAUGAAGGAUGAAUUGAAAGUAGAGAUUCUACAGUAUCAACAACAAAGACAGCAACAGCUGCAAAAUGAUGAUACCGAUGAUGAAGAGGAUGCAGACGUUGUUGGUCUUGCUAAUGGCAAAGGACCGAACUAUUACAAGAGCAUCGAUUGGGAUAAUGAGAACUUGGAUGAGGAUUUGAAGUAUCUCAAGAUUUGUAAAUUCAUCAAGUACAAAUCUCAAUCUGUAUUGGAGCAGUAUAAUAAAUCGAAAGUGAAGCAAAAGACUCAGAAUCAGCUGAAACAGCAACACCAACCACAACAACAGCAACACCAACCACAACAACAGCAACACCAACCACAACAACAGCAACCACCACCACCACCACCACCACCACAACAGCCGCAUCCGCAUCCGCAACCGCAUCCGCCACAGCAGCAACCGCUUUCCAUUACUCAGAACCCAUACACACCAAUGUCAUCAUCGACUUCAGGGUCGGCCACAUCACUUUCAAUAAAGUUCGACGUAGGCAAUGCGUUUCCCGACAACAACAACAACAACAACAACGGCAGCAAUAACCAGAACAGGAAUGAUAACGGCAGCAGUUCUCAUAAAGAUUUCGGCGCAGCUCAUGAUCUAAUGGACCUAAAGAGAAGUUACUCCAACAGAAACUUGAGCCAUCAAUAUAUACAACGUAACAAUCAAUCUAUAUAG